GCCAACAGUUGGGACCAAACCGCUCGCGCCGUCUGCUCGGUCGUGCUCUCGCCGCCGUGAGUGAGCCGUGGCCGCUGCCGUGACUGUCACGCACACCGCGAGUCGCCGCGCGCGCGCGCGUGUCACGCUGCACCCGUCACGUCGUCCCGGUGCGUCGCGCGCGUGACGAGGGCGUGACGAGGGCCCCGUUCCAUGCCCGCCAGGCACCCUGACGGCCCGAUGGGCUGAGGGAGGAGGGUGGCCCCGCCCCGGAGCGCCGCCAUGUAGUGCGUGCUGCCGCGCGGGCCGGCCGGCCGGGCCUGUGGCGCCUGUGGUGGAGAGCGAGUGCGAGAGCGAGUGCGGAGCGCGCGCGGUGCGGCCGGCGAGCCGACCUGGCGCAGCUCGCGCGGCACGCGGCGGCGCGGCGUGAGGCGAAGGGUUCGCACGUGAGGCAGGCCACCCGCCUGUCAGGAUGCCCGUAAGCUCCCUGCAAGCCGACGAUUCACCGCCACCUAAGCGCUGCAAACUGUGCCAAGAGUCGGGCCACUCUGUAGAGGAGGGUCAGGGGCCUGUGUCUUGGCGCAUCCCCCUGGAUCAGGACCUGCUGGACACACUCGCCGCCAUCUACCCGGACUGGUUCAGAGAGAGGGAGCGGCCCCCGGCCGCCAUGGCUGAGGCGCGGCCCCAGCACAGCCCCCCCGGGGGCCCCCCAGCCGCGACCCCCCUGGUCGCCGCGCGAGCCGCCGCGCCCCUGCAGGGCCCGCUGCCCCCGCUGAGCUCCCCCGUGCCCAGCCCGCCCAAGGCCGAGGUGGACGACACGCCGCUGCACAAGGCCAUGGACCGCAACAAGGAGUCUUUGAAAGUAAAACUUAUGCUGAGAAGACCUUACACCCAGCUCGUGGCACAGGGAAUCAUGCCUCCUCUCAAGACGCCGCCCGCUUUCCACGAGCAGCGCAAGCAGUUGGAGCGCGCCAAGACUGGCGACCUGCUCAAGGCAAAGAUCCAGCAGAGGCCUGACCGGCAGGAGCUCGUCAGGCAACACAUUCUGGAAGCUGACAUGGACCACGUGGACCCGUCGCUCGCUGAGCGGCAGCGCAUGCUGAAGAAAUGCAGGCUGGCUGACGCGCUCAACGACCAGCUGGCCCACCGGCCCGGGCCGCUCGAGCUCAUCCAGAAGAACAUCCUCCACGCAGAUGAGACGAUCGAGAGGGCCGUGAAAGAGGGCGUCAUCCCCUUCAAGGCGACAUGCGAGGGUCAAAAGACCAAGCCGGCCCACCCGCACCGCUACAUCACCAUGGACGAGGACUCGCAGAGCUCCGGCGAGAGCAGCGUGCUGUCGCCGCCCGGGCCGCCGCAGACGCCCUCUCUGCAGCCUGCGCCCUCGCCCGCCCCGGCGCCCUCGCUGCCCCCGGCGCCGUGCCCCGCGCCCACCGCGACUCCGGCGACCCCCGCCACCACCCUCCUGGUGCCGCGGAGGUUGUCCAGCGGCUCGGACGUGCUCGAGACGGCCGCUGCCAACGCGGGCAUCGUGACCCUCGCCCUGUCCAUCCCCAGCGGCGGCGGCGCGCCCCUCGUGGUGGCGUCCUCGGCCCCGGUGCUGCAGUCCCAGCAGCAGGCGCUGCAGCGGCCGCCCAGCUGCACCGCCCCUCUCCAGACGUUGUGCUCGGCCAUGGUUCACAGCCCCAUGUCCCUGGGGUCGUCUACGUCCAGCCUAAGCCCGCUCAGCUCGCUCAGCUCCGUAUCGUCCCCGCCGAGCUGCUCAGUGCCCAGCCCCAUCACGCCCCGGCCCCCCGCGCUGUCGUCCCCAGCCCCUGGCUCCUCCGGCUCCGCCCCCGGCGCCACUCUGGGCUCGCACAGCGGUCCCAGCGCCCUGUCGGGCUUGCCUCUCCUGAGCCAGCAGGACGCGUUGCGAACAGGCGCGCCCGGCAAAGACAAGAAUAGGAAAAAGUCAAAAAACAAGGCUCAGCCCAAAACAAGGACUAUAAAAUUCCACGAGUAUAAGGGUCCUCCAAAUGCACAUAAAACUAGUUUGUUAAGUUCCUCACCAGUAGAAACGUCAUAUGAACUGUUGCUGCAACAGCAGCAGUUACUUCUUCAGUGCCAGCUAGACUGGUUGCAUAAGUAUCCUCAGAUUAUCCUACCAGCUGCUCAAAAACCAUCAUCAAAUAUUGAAGGUUCAAACAAUUCUCCUAGCAGUAGUGUAGGAACAAAUGUUUCUGUUAGUCAGACGCCUACACCAGCAACGUCUGUGUCAUCUGUCACCAGUAAUGGCGCUCAAUUAGGCCUGAUCACUGUCACAUCAAAUAGUGCUGCAACAGGAGUUACUGUUAAUUCUAUUGGGAGCACAACAGGAACUUUACUUGGGGUUGGCAGUGGCAGUGGAACACUAGUCUUAACUGCACAACCUAGUCCGAGCCCUGUACAAAGUGCUGUAGCUACAGUUGUGCCUGCUCCAACGCCACAAACCAUUACCGUUACUUUACCAACUCAGCAGCAACAACAAGCUCAAGUCACCGUACAGCCUCCACUUCAAGUUACUCAAGCCAUUGUUGAACCUUUUCAAACCUCAUCUCCCUGCAUUAAUACAAGUCAGUCUUCAAGUCAAUCAGCACCUCAAAUGCAGACAACUUUUAAAGUUCUCGGGAAGCUAGAGGAGAUGAAAGUGAGCGAUUUAAAAAUGGAACUCAAAAAGCGGAAUCUUCCUGUGUCUGGGUCAAAACCUCAACUUAUUGAGAGGAUUCGCAAUGCAGAUGCAGCAGCAGCUGCUGCUGCUAUGGACUUAAAUGGUACCGUUUCAAAUGCCUCAUCAACUGAGGGCAGCCAAGCUGACCAGCCAAUGGAUAUUCAAGUGGAUGUCUCAAUGGAUACCACCCUCACAUCUGCUGAGGAUUCAUUGUCUGGUCUUCCUGCUGAUAUCCCGGGACAACAAUCACCACCACAGCCUCCAUCAGUAACAGCUGCUUCUACAAACUUGGACUCAGCAGCAAGUUCUAUCAAUACUCCACAAAUGUCUCCUGUGUCGCCACCAGCUGCCCCCUCACCAAGUGGCUCACUUCAUGACAUGGACACAACUCCUGUUUCUCCUUCUCCUAGCCCUGUUACUCGUGAAGACUUGAUCAGAGAACAACAGCGGCAAAUAAAAGAACUUCAAAAACAAGUGAAACUUCUACAAAAUCAGCAGCAGUUGGAAGCACUGCGGGCUACAGCAAACAACUCUCAGAAGACUGCUCCAAAACCAUCAGCAGCCGCAACAAUAAUUUCAGCUAACACUUCUACUGGAAUAUCAGCCACACUUUUGGAUCCAAGUAAAGCUGCUGUUAAACAACAUUUACAAAAUAAAAUACAGCUUCAGCAGCAGCAACAGCUUCAAGUCCAACAACUACAACAGCAACUUCAGCAGCAGCAAUUACUGCAGCAACAACAGCUAGCCUUUCAUCAACAGCAGCAGGGCAUUAAUGCAAAGGCCAGUCUUGCUGCAUUUUUGCAGCAACAAGCAUCAUCACCUUCAAACAAUAGCAACAAUAAUAACAGCAAUAAUAAUAACAAUAACAUUGUAAACAAUAACAACAAUAACAAUAGUCUAAAUAAUUUAAACAAUAAUCUGAUAAACAAGAAGCUCUCAAAAACAUUAGUGGUUCAGCCACAGCCACAGAUACAACAAGUACAACCUCAGCUACAGCAACUGCAACAACAGCAGCGGCAACAGCAGCAACAACAGCAGCAGCAGCAGCAGCAGCAGCAACAGCAGCAACAACAGCAGCAACAGCAACAGCAACAGCAACAACAGCAACAACAGCAACAACAGCAACAACAGCAACAGCAGCAGCAACAACAGCAACAACAACAGCAGCAACAGCAACAGCAGCAGCAACAGCAACAGGCUGCUGCUGCUGCUGCCAUUGUGCUGAAUCACAUCAACUCGCAAAGUAAAAAAGGUUUAUCAAGCCUGGCGAGCCUAGCCGGGAUUACAGGAGUUAAUUCCAACCACCAGAGAACCAACUCCCUUCCUAACUUUUUGGCAUCAAUGGUUCAGUUGACCCCUGCGACUGAGCCAAAACCAGCACCUUCGCACCAGCAACGUGCUAGUUCUGUCACACCUAUGGCUGCAAACGAGGAUGUCGAUAUGAAACCUGCCAUUCUUCCAACUCAUCGGCUAGUGUUAACAAGGACUACAACGGAACCGCACAUUCUAACUUUGACAACAGCCCCAGCUGCUGCAAGUUCAGCUGCAAAUGGCACUGCUACUAUUAUGGCUGCAACUAAUGCGGUAGUUCCAGUCUCUUUAGCAGAAAGUUUGACAUUCAGUGUCACACCUGGAAAUGGUAUUAAAUUACCUCAGUAUGAGGAAGUGGCUUCACUGUUGAAAAACAUCAAACAGGAGCCAACUGAGAAGAGGAAUGUUGGUCGUCAAAGUGUCAAAAGUCAGAUAGUUGAUGAUGUUUUGGAUAUUUUGAUAAAGAGUGGGGAAUUACCUCCAAGUGCUGCUCAAGACCCAACCACACCAACCCCUGCUGGAACCAAUGCAGGAGGAGGGGCUGCUGAAACCAGCAACACAAACCUCUGUGGGGCUUUCAACAAUUCGCAAGAUAAUUCUGACAUGUUCACCAAUGUGUUCAGUCCUAGGAAUUCUGGAAGUCCGGAACAGUCUUCCCCCCCAGUGCAGUGUGUUCCCUCAUCCACGCCACCUCCCCCGCCUCCACCUCCACUUCCCCACACCUCUUUUGCUGUGACUUUGCCAACUGCAUUGUCUCUCACGAGCACUGCGACUAUUCUUCCAAAUGAGAACUCUUUUAGUCUUUUUGGAGGAAGUAACAGUCUAGAUUACAUUCUCGGAACCAAUGGUCCACCAGCAACUAGUGUAGAUCUUAAGGAAUUGGGACUCGACUUAGAGACAUUGGAUUCCAUGGACUUUGGUCAACUAGAUGCGGGAGCUUCUGCUGAUGUGAAAAUUGAACCCAGUGAUAUAAAUAUGGAAGCAGAAUCUGAUGACAUGCAGUCAUUGCCAGUGAAAAGAGAAGAUCGGGAACUACAGGAACUACAAGAAAGACAUCAACAACACCAGAACUUGCACCAGCAUCAGCAGCUUGCAGAGCAAUUACUUUCAGCUCCUUCAGAACUUAUGGAUAUAUGUGACAUGUCUGAAAUGGACUCUGAUUGGCUAGAUUCCCUAAUGGCUCCUAACGAGCCAUCAGCAGAGUCCACUGAACAUAGCACUUUCUGUUCAUCUUCACUUCUACCAUCCUCUAGUAGUUCAUCCUAUAUCCAUAUGAAUGGUCACACUGAUAUUGACUCAUAUGACCCUCUCUUAUCUAAUAAUCAGGAUCCACUUGAUAUGUUCAACAUGGACACAAUGGAUUCUGAUUUUAAAAUGCCUUCUGAGUUGGGCUUAACAAUAAACUGGGACAAAGUUGACUUUGCAACAUAGCUUCAACCAGUAUGCCAGCAUUUUAUUGAUCUCUAUUCAUUUGUCAAUUUGGAGUAAACUCAUUUCUAUCUUUUGUUACAUAAUCAUGUAACUCUCUUCUGAAGCCCAAGCUUAUUAAAGCUUGUUAAAAUAAAACAAUUGAAGUCUGAUUGAUGCAAUCAAUCAUUGAUUCAUUUCAAUUCAUACUUUAAGUACAAUAUUUUGUAUAUCAAAAUUCCCCUUUAGAAUGUGGUUCUUUUAGCACAUUUAAAGUAGAAUGGGAGCAAGUGCAGCAUUUUCAAGUACACAAAUUUGUAAAGCAAAUCUGUGUGUAUGAUGGCUGUUAAAUUAAGGCCAAACCUCUAUUGUCAGUAAUAAUAAUAAUAAAAAGCCAGCAUAUGUACUUAGUGAAAAUGUAUAUAAAAGAAAUAUUGGUAUAUAUGAUCUAUGCUAUGAUUGUUGGAGGUGUUAUGUUUGAUAGUGCAUGAUUGGGAUGUCUUGCGUGUUCCGCAUGACGUGUGAUAAAUUGUGAUGUAUGUUUUCUUGUGUUGUGUUAUUGUUAGGGCUGUGCAAAAAAUAAUCAUUUGGAUAUGUCGGUAGUGCAACUGUUGCAGAACUUAAAGCUAGUUUUACAUAAACUUGACUACCUUUCUCUACAUAAAUAAAUUUGUAUGUAUGUUUGUGUGUAUGUAUGCAUGUGUAAGUCAGUCUGCUGUUUAAAGGUUUUCAAUGGAAUUAUGAAUUAUUUUGUCUAACAGUUUCUUUCUUUAUUUAGAGUGUAAUGAUGUAUUGAAGUAGUAGGCCGUUCGCAGUCAACAAAGGUAUUUUUGGUAUCAGUUGGUAUUAUGAAGUGUGCUCUAGUGAGUUAUUUCAAGGACUACCUUGUGUUCCUCCUGAGAAUGUUUUCAAGUUUAUAUAGCUGUUAAAACAGCACCUUAAAGUUUUCCUUGCAAAUACCAACAUCCUGUCUCAAGAGCUCAAUGCAAAUUCCCAGGAACACCUUUCAAUUUUCCCAUCUAAUUUAUUUAAAGAGUGCUUUGGUUAAAUCUGUAAAUAUUUUUAUACAAUCAGAGGUUGUGCUCUUCAGCCACAAUGAGUUUGCAGAGCUCUUAUAUGGCUUUGUGGCGUGAAUGUGGCCUAUUUAGCAUUACUCUUUCAUUACAUAAUUUUUGUGUGCUUGUGCCAAGAGCUGUGUCUUUGUGUAUGAAGCUUUUUAUUUAAUUUUGCCAUAGAGACAAUGUUUCAUAUACCCAAAUUUAUAUAGAGUAUUAUAUAUUUGAUUCAAGCAGUUUCUAAUGAAAUGUAUUUUUGUAAAGCUUUUUGAAGUUUUGCUAGUGAGUAACAGAAACAAUUGUUACAAAUAUCAAAUAUCCUAUCUCUUACAAUUAAAUGAAGAAUUGUCUACACUUUCAUCAAUUUUUAGAGCAAAACAAUAAUUAUUUACAAAAGAGAAAAACUAGCUUUUUCUAAAAUUUAACAAUUUUGACUGAACAUCUUUGUCAUGGCUUUUGAUCUACUUAAAGCAUAUGAUCCAUUCUUUGUGACCUCAUCAUAAGUGAGUUGUUUUGAUACUCACUCACCUUAAAAUUUAUGAUGUACGAAUCAAGACUGAGGAGGACUAGGGAAACCUCCCCAGUCUUAUGAUGGAACUGGGUUGAUCAUGAAAGAAUUUUGUUCCCACAGUGAUAUUCCUUUGUCCCCUUGUCUUCCUUUCUCCCUUUCUUCCAAAGUCUCCAAUCCUUUCAUUGUAUGUCAACAAUCAAAACCUUACUCUAUGUGUAAUGAAUAUUUUGUGUUCCAUUAGUCGAACUGCUUGCAGUUUUAAUGCAUUCUUGCCAUUAUUGCUCACUUUUUAAUGUCAAAAUUACAUCAUUCAUAAAACUACUGCAUGAUAAAGAAGCAGUAAUAUUGAAUUUGUUUCAAUGCAAGACUCAGUACUGACAUGCACUUGAAAGUUUUGCAAAAUAUUAUUUUUCUUCAUAAAAUGAAGAGGAAUGUUAUUUUUAAACCUGUAGGGUUUCAAUUCUAGGGUCUAGUACUGACAAAACCCUUACAAAAGACUGGAAAAUGCCAUAUGAAGAGGAGGCUGUUUGUAUUUGUUAAUAUUCCCUGCAGAUUUUUUUCUUUUACUAUUGAAUGUACAUGCUAUUAAGCUAACAAUUUGCUUGCUUUUAUUUUUAUUUUUGCGUAGUCUCAUAUAUAUUUAACAUGUCAUCCAUUGACAUGUCUUUCCUUUGUAAUGUGAUGUAAUGUCUUGCGGAAGUGGUUUUGAAAGUUCAAAGCCUUUCUUCAUAUGACCAAAUUUUGCUUGCAGCUAUACACCUUUUUUCAAUUCUUAAAAAAAAUUGAGAGGUUUUCAAUGUUGACAGCAAAUUUGUCUCUGCUUUAAGAUUUUGUUUGUAGGGUCUAAACCCAGCAUGGAUGGUACAAGGUCGCAAAGGAAACACCAAUGAAAGCCAAGCCUAUCAAUUAACGUACCUGUUGAGUCAGUACUUGUGCUUUGGUGUUAUGUCCAAAUACUGGCCCAAGAAAGAACUGAAUUCACUUGCCCUGUACUUUCCUUGCUCUCACUAACCCUAUCGUUAAACUAGUAACUAGAGGCCAGUAUCACCUGAGGUGUUCUUUACACUGGCUUCAGUAGCUCAAUCAGUGAGAAUUUAUUGGCAGGUUUGUCUCAGUUUGUUGGUAAUUCUCCAGAUAUGGUUUGUACCAUAGAUUCCUUGGGGUAUUCCCCUUUUCUCUUCGUCAAAACAGGAAAGUUCCAGUAAAAUCUUUGAGUUUAUUUAUCUUGUACUUUUUUUUAAGGUUAUUUUAAUUUUUAAGAGCCUUGUAAACUAUCUUGUUAUGUCUUUAAUAGUGCUCCUCGGCUUGUUAAUGACAAGACAACUAAAAGUCAAUGAUGACGAUUAAAGCAUUUUUAUAAAAUGCGUGACUUGAUAUUAGAAAUAAAAGGUUAAAAUAUUUUUAAGUGUCACAUUUAUGUCAUUUAUAGCUUUUGCUGCAAAUUGAAAGCUUUUUUUGACAUUAAGUCGACUGGUCAGAUGAACACAGAUAAAUGCAAAAACCAACUAUUUUAACUUUCAUUGUGUUGAUACGGUUCCUUUCUGUGUUCGAACUCAAUCUAACAUUCCACAAUGCAGAAAUCUAUAUUAACAGCAGUAUUGACAAAGCCCUGGAUUCAUUUUAUCAUACAUUGAAGCUUUGAAUAACAUGUUGGUAGAUAGCUCCUGUAUUACUUUAGGCACAUGUUAAACUCACAAAAAAUAGGAAAGCUGUUGCGCUGUUUUCUUUCCCUUAUUGUACAGUGUAAAACAUAAUCAUUAUUAUACAUUCCAUUUAUUUCAUUCAAACCAUUGUUUCCUCUGAUAUAUCUUCUAAAGUCAUUAUUUUUUAUUGUGCAUAGAUCAACAAGACCAAGAAAACUUUCAAUGGGAAGCAACAGAGCAAUUGCUCUUUGAGAAUUGCAUCUUCCAUACAUUUUAGCUAGAACUGCUGUUUGUGUCUGGAGACUGGAACUACCUACAAUAUCUAUCUAUCAAAGCUAACAUUUAAAAAGUAGGAGAACUUUUGUAAGGCCAUAGGAUGACUGGCAAACUACUCCCAGCUUUGAGCUUUUACAUACUGUUUAUGUUGGGACCAUCACUAUCAACAAUCUGUGUUCUUUCUGACCAAUCAAAACUUGUGGCUUCAGGGGCAGGAUACAUGCAAACAUACUUAAUAUACUGACUGUAAAUACAAUGUGUAUUUAGGUAUCUAAGAGUCAACAUUCUUGGAAGUGUGUGAUUUGUGUAUUGAGCUCUACAUACAAGUAUGUAACCUGAGUCAAGUUACUAUUACAUUCUCUUUCUCCAUUUUCUUCCGCUUUGCCUUUUCUCAGUAAUAUUGUAUCCAUAUUUGAGCCUUAAGUGAACAUUGAAUGAUGCUGUAGAAUAAAUGUAAAAUGAUUUGAUGCCCUGUAAUAAAUAUAUAGAUAUAUAUGUAUAUAUCUAUUUAUACAUUUACGUAUAUAUCAUAAAAGCUA